AUGCAGGUCCUCUCUACUAUACUCCUCGGCGCUACCGCCGUCGCAGCCCACGGCUACGUCGACACCGCCAACAUCGGCGGUGAAGUCUAUACCUUCUACCAACCUUAUACCGACCCUUACACGUCACCUACUCCCGAGCGUAUCUCCCGGCCGAUCCAAGGCAAUGGGCCUGUCACGGAUGUGACAUACUCCGACCUUCAGUGUGGCGGAUACACAGAUGGAGGCAUCGUUGGCUCUUCGCCUGCCGCGCUGCACGCCCCCGCCGCAGCAGGGUCAACGGUAGAGCUCUACUGGACCCUUUGGCCCGACAGCCACGUCGGUCCCGUGAUCACGUACAUGGCCCAGUGCCCAGACACCGGCUGCACCGACUACAUGCCAGGCACCGACGCCGUGUGGUUCAAGAUCGCCGAGGCGGGCCGUGAGGGGACGAGCAACGUCUGGGGCGACAGCCCGCUCAUGGUCGGCGGCAACGCGGGCGCGGCGUACACCAUCCCCGAGUGCCUGACGCCCGGCUACUACCUGGUCCGCCACGAGAUCAUCGCCCUUCACUCGGCGUACGAGUACCCCGGGGCCCAGUUCUACCCCGGGUGUCACCAGCUCGAGGUGACGGGCUCGGGCAGCACGUCGCCCUCGAAGAACCUGGUCGCCUUCCCUGGCGCUUAUGCUGCGGGUGAUGCUGGGAUCACGUACGACUCGUACCAGGCCCAGACAUACACCAUUCCCGGGCCUGCCUUGUUCACGUGCUGA